CCUCCUCCGCUCUCCUUUCCUUCCUCCCUCCCUGCCUGCCUUCCUCCGUUCUCCUUUCUCUCCUCCCUCCUGGCAGCGCCCGGAGUCCGCCGGUGCCGGUCCCGCCCGGGCCGCCGUGAGGCUCCGGGAGGCAGCAGAGAGGCCGCCCCUCUCGUCUCUCCGCGGCUCCUCAGGCCGGUUCUCCCUCUGUUACUCACAUCAGACUCGGGAUUGCUUUCGAGAGUCUGAAAUCACGGCUGGUUGUUCUCAGGUCCACAGCUGUGAUCACAAGCAAGGGACAGCAGCGGGAUUUGCUCUCAAGCCGAUGCGAUGGGGCCAAGCAAAGCACCGCUGUUUGAUGAUGCGUUUGCAUUCUCCACCCAGCGAUACAGGAAUGAAGCAAAGCCUUUACAAACACAGCUCCAGUUUAAUAGAAAUGUUCCUGCAGUUCCAGAGAAUUUGGCUCUCAGAUUCUCUCAGCCCCGCCCAAUUAUAAUAGAAAAAUUGAAGGCAUGCAGUGAUCAGAGAAAUCCAGCUGCAAGUGAGGACCCCAACCUGAGAAGCUCUGGCAUGUUCUCAGUGGUAUCUGAAGAAAAACUGAAACUGGCCGUUCAGUUGGCCAAAAGGGACAUCAAACGAAGACGUCUUGAAGAGCAAGUGAAACAGCAAGUGUUUGGAAACGUGGUCAGUAAACCAUUGUGGACCCAGAAGUCACAACAGCAGAAUACCAAAGUAUUUGCAACUCCAGGAAAUAAAAAUGCGCUGAAGUCUCAAACUUGCUUGCCAGGUCAGCAGAGGCUUGACCAGCCUUCCCAAGGGGAGUCUACCAGCUCUGACAGAAAUGUUUCUCUCUGCGUAGCUAAGGAAGGAAGGCCAAGAUCAGCUGCUUUGGACUCUCUACCCACCCAUGACACAGGACCAGACCUCAAACCAAAUUUAAACAAGAAAGAACAUAAAAAUAUGCAGGAAGUCCGAUGUCUGCAAAAGGAAUUGAGGAGCUAUAUUCAAAAAAUUGAAGAAAUGAUUAAAAAAGGGAGAGAUACAGAACUUUUAGAUCCUGAGAUCAAGCAGCGACUUUGCACUAGGAGACAGCAACAAGCUGCACGGUCAGCUCGGAUGCUGUAUGUGCUCCAGCAACAGGUAAAAGAAAUUCAGGAUGAUUUAGAGAAACUGAGUCCUCAUGCAAUCAAACACACUAAAAAGUCCCAAGCAGUAUCCAGGUUGGCAGCAGCACACAGAGGUGCUGUACGAACCUUGCAGGCAUUUGCCAAUCACUUCACAGAUCAAACAGACGAGCAGAUUCCUGCCCACUACAAGGAGCUGGGCAGUCUCAUUCGACAACUCUCUCUCUGCUCUGCCAAACUAGAAGGAGAUUCUUCCAUUUCUGACAUUAUCAUAGAUAUUUUGCUGCAAGUUGAGGAUCUGAAUUCACUGCUGGAAAACAAGCAAACACCAAAACCAGUGAAGAAAUGUAUUUCAGCUUCUCAGGCCAAAUCUCCAAGGAACAAUAAGACAUUUCCAGCCCAAAAGCAGCUUCUGUCUCCAAAAGGAGAAAACAAGCCUCUCAUCUUAAAGGGACAGUAUGGACAAGAGCCUAGAAAACCUCCGUGUGCCAGGAGUCUCUUGACUGCAGUUCAAAAGGCGAACAGUUGUGCUCAUAUGUUUCACAAUAAAUACCAAGAAGAAAGUGACCCACCUACUCCAGAGAGAAAUGCCACUUUACAGGGAAGCACAGAUGCCCUGGUGAGAGCUAGAGCUGUAAAAAAGGACUCUGUCCUUGGAAGUGGUCCUUUGGAGAAGAAAGGCAUAUUAUUGCUUGCAAAACCACAGGGAAUGCUGAAAUCUCUGAAAUCAAGACAGGUACGCCCUCGAGGAAAGCAUGCUGGAUUUCGAGAGCCAACUAUAGCUUUUCAGCUAAAAGAGACCAAACGACCUGCUAAGGAGAGCAGAAUUCCCUGCCCUCCUCCAAAGCCUCCAGCUCUGCCUGUUCCACCUAAGCGACUAGCGAGGCUUGAAGUGGAAAAUUCAAGAGGAGUGAAGGUUCUAACUGACCUUCGCAGAGGAGAAAUAAAAAAAAUACAAAAGUUAAGGUCACAAACUGUUUCUCCAGCCCCCUGUGCAGACAAAGCUGUGAAGGAGGUACAGGAGUGGUCGGAACCUCUGGUAGACAGCAUGCAGCAGGUUGCAGCAAAUGCAGAUAUUCUGAGUGAAAAGCUGUUGGAUGAUCUUUUGGAAGAUACUGCUCAAGAACUGUGGAGCGUGGAGCAGCAUGAAAGGCUCCAGACCAGGGCCCUGCCUAUGGCUGACACUCAUAGUAUAGAGUCAAUGUUGCAAAGAAUGGAAGAAAUUGAAAGACACCGGGAGAGUGUCCGCAGGAGAAUCACCCAGAUCGUGUACACUGACUCCCACUUCUGGGCCCAGGAAGACAAAAUGGAGCAACAAAUGGCAUCAACAGCUAAAAGACUCACAUCUCCUCAUCCAAUUCAGAUAAACAAAUUAAUUGAACACACAGAGCUAGAAACAAACAUUUUAUUUGAAAAACCCUUUGAUGGCAAUGAUAUUGAUGAAAACAAAGAAGCAGAGGAGAAAUUGCAUACUGGAAAUGACAUUCUGCACCCCUUGGCUUUGAACUCUCUACAGAAAGCGUGCUCUGUGUCUCUGUCCGUGCCAAGCCAUAUGCUCCAGAGCAUCUUGGAUUAUAACAGCAGAUACAAGCAUCAUUUAAAGCUUAUUUCUCAUGAGGUGGUGGGCAGUUUCAACCCAUGGCAGAUUGCUGAGAGUCUUGCAGAGCAACUGACAGAAGAAGCCCUGUGUGACGUGGCAGCAGAGCUGCAGGAUGUUUGUGAGGACUAUGCAGAAGCUGUGUUCACGUCAGAGUUUUUGCAACCAGUGCAGUGAAUUCUUUCCCCCCUGCCCCAUCAACAUCAGCCUCAGCCUGACAGUUUGUGAGAUUCUCUGCACCAGAUCUUCAUCAAGGAUUCAUCUCAGGUUUUUAUAAAACCAUUACAAAUAGUGUUCUCCUUUUCAGAUGUCUGACCACCAUGCUUAGCACAUACACUGGGAUGAGUUCUUUUGGGGAUGUGGCAAUCCAAGGAAGGUUUCUCGUGGCACAGCACAAGUAGAGGUAAACAUUUGGCACUGGCUGUACCCGCAGACCUGCUUGGGCUCUUGCCAUUGCCUUCAGAAUGAAGUCCCUUAGUAUCUCUGGUACAUCAUGCAUAGACAAAUGAGACCUUUCAAUAGAAGCACAUUAUAGAGAUCUUUUUUUUUUUCCUUAAACUAGUCUAAAAUGUUAUAUUUUUAUUAGCAUUUAGUGAUUGAAACCCACAUUCCUUUCUCUUAAGAAUCCUACUGAAAUCAAGAACAACAAAAUAAAUGAACAAUUGGCAUUUCUGCAACAUUGAAUUAACUUGUUUGUUUCAAGUAAUCAAGGUACUAGUUUGGGCUAUGUCUGGAGGGAGCACUGAGUAAUAAUUAUUUAUGUAGUAUUCUAGGGAAAUGCAAGUUCAACCCGUGAGGUAACCCUAAGAACAAUAUGACAGUCUGUUUCCUUUGUCAAAUAUUGUUCAACCUAUAACAGAUUAAUUUUUAACCUUCUAAGAUUAUUUUUAUUUCCUCUAAUUAGAACAUAGAUUUUAAAAAUAAUUUUGUUGUUAUUCAUGCCAUGUUUGCUAUUUUGUUUGUCUUGAAAUUUACUUCAAAUGUAAUGAUGUAAAUGUUACUGCUCAUGUGUGACUUUGCUGAUACAUGAUUCUAUAACUUAAAAUAGUUAAUUUCUAAGAUUAUAGAGAUAAGCCUGGUUUAAGUAAAAAAUACUAAAGCCAUAGUGCCCCUAUGUAUGUGUAUAUAUGCUUGUGAAAUUAUUUUCAAGAUAUUUUAUUUUUAAUAAACAACACUUAUUUCUUAUGACUGAACAUAGUUUUAAUUUAAGAUAACUUCCCUCUGAACCCGUUUGGAAUAGUCAGCACCCAGCAUGCAAGGAAGUACCUGGCAACAUUACAAGAGUCAGACUACAUACAUCUUGAAGUAAUGUGGUCAUCUGUGAAGGUAAACAUACUUUCUCUCUUUUGUGAGGAGUGUCCUCUGACUGAGGAUGCCGAAGUAAACUUUUAUUCUGGAUGAGAA